AGAUAGAACCCUCACCAUGUCAGCAACCGAAGGAGCAAACGUCUCUUGGAUAGAGAGCACAAUAUAUUCCAACCGGUUCACAUCGACGCGUUUAGCAAAACACACCAUUCAAGAUCAUAGAGGUUACUUUCCAAAAGAGCCAUAUAAAGACGCCUCAUUCAAAAUAGUCGUACGAGUUCUCUCGAUACCUGCUCCGUUUCUUCGACUCCCGGUCCCAUUAUCAUAUUUCGACGAGGCAAGAAUCAUGGCCGGGCCAAGCUUAAAAACACCGCUCCCCCAUACGGGGAUCAUCAAAGUGUACUCGGCAAAGGACGACAGUCACCUAGACGGGACGAAUCCGCGGCAUAUCCACCUGCACAAGAAGAUUCCGUCAGGGGCAACCGUGUGCUGCCACCCUUUCACCGCCGGCGGUAUCGUCCGGAGUUCUAUCGACGCUCUGCACUUCCUGACUUCCGAUCGGUUCGUGCCGCCAAACGUAGAUCCCCACACGGACACGGACGAUAAAGCCUGCGCUUGCGUCGGGUAUGUCCGGUGCGUAUAUCGGAAACUUCACUUCGCUCUGGUGUCCAUCAAGGUCGCCGUGGAGGACAACAAAACAGUCGAGCAGGCAAGUGGGAGCCGCGGUGUGCCCGCUUCAAUGUCCCCGGUGGACGACGUGGUCAUGGAUCCUAUUAUGAUCAGGGAUCUCCACAGACGGCAUGAUGCCAAUGGUCUGGCUCUCCUCGCUCGUACGCGGCACAACAAAGUCAUCAGGGGACGCAUUACGGUCCUGCCGCACAAAGCAGUAGACCCAUCACGUCAUCUAGGCACCAGGCUCGUGCUCGCACAAUUCGAUCCCGCCCUCGGCUGUAUGGACGUAGGCAUGUGGGUGUAUGCCAAGCAGCCAGAAGUCGAGAAGCGGGAAGGCCCGACGGGCGGGAGCCUCGCGGGGCCGGACAACACGCCGCGGAACUGUCCUCAGGUUUCCGAUUCCCGCUGCGAUUCCCCGUGUUACAACCUGCAUUAUGUUCCGCUCCUGUUGGUGGGACACGUCGUGGAGAUCUGCGGCCGCGGCCCAGAUGGACGUGUGGAGGUGGCGAUUCAGUGUGCUCACGAGGUGCUGAGUAAGAUCUCUGCCAUGCGAGACCGUCUAAGUGGUAGCUACUGCAGCAGAUGCCCGCCACUCGUAUGUGCCUAAAGUGCCUAAUACAUAAAAGCAAGGGAAAUGAGGUUGGUUGGUUGGGUAAUUUUAAGUGGGUUGGGGUGGUAAAACUCAGCCGUAGAACCUGCAUUUGGAGGCAGAGACGUACUUGGACGCUGACGUAUCUCGUAAUGUAUAAUAGAUAGGGGACUGGUGCUGUAUAUGGUAACUCUGCAUUGUUGGGCAACAAUGCAUUUAACAGGUACCCCUAACCUAGGUACUUAUACCUAAGGCAGGCUUACCUGCGUGAGACUUCAGUGGACCUAUCACAAUAAGUAAUCUCUUGCAAGUAAGGCAAUAGCGCUCAAUGGAAC